CAAAAUUUCCCUCCCCAAAUCCACUCGCAGGUUUGCAUCAUCUGAACUGUAUGGAGAAGUCUGCACAGCAGCUGCUCAUGCUGCAACAUGGAUCCCUCAUUUUUAUGAGCGGUUGAUCACUUUGGAUUUGUUGAAAAUCGUACAUUCCAGCAGCGGUACCUAAUAGCAGACCAGCACUGGAAGAAAGAUGGUGGAUCAAUACUCUUCUAUACUGGCAAUGAAGGAGAUAUCACAUGGUUUUGCAAUAACACAGGUUUUAUGUGGGAAGUGGCUGAAGAGCUUAAUGCCAUGUUAGUAUUUGCUGAACAUAGAUACUAUGGAGAAUCCCUGCCCUUUGGAAACAAGUCUUUCACUGAUUCCAAACAUCUGAAUUACUUGACAUCAGAGCAAGCUUUGGCAGACUUUGCAAUACUAAUUCAGCACAUCAGGAAGACAAUCCCAGGAGCCCAAAACACUCCUGUGAUUGCCAUAGGGGGGUCAUAUGGAGGGAUGCUUGCAGCCUGGCUUAGAAUGAAAUAUCCUCAUGUAGUAGAUGGAGCUCUUGCAGCCUCAGCCCCAAUAUGGCAGUUUCAGGAUUUGGUUCCCUGCAGUGUUUUCAACAGGAUAGUGACUAACGACUUCAAGAAGAGUGGGAAAGGCUGUUCAGAAAGCAUCCGAAAUUCUUGGGAGGCUAUUAAACGUGUCUCCUCUACAGGUGAAGGCUUGCAGUGGCUUUCCAGUGCAUUUCACUUAUGUAGCCCAUUGAAAUCCUCACAAGAUGCUGCUGCAUUGAAAGCUUGGCUGAGUGAGACGUGGGUAAAUUUGGCAAUGGUAAACUAUCCAUAUAAAGCUGACUUCUUGCAGCCUCUGCCUGCUUGGCCUAUUCAGGUGGUUUGCAAGUUCCUGAAAGAUCCCAGUCUGUCAGACAAACUAUUGCUACAGAACAUUUUCCAGGCAGUAAAUAUCUACUACAAUUACUCAGGAGUUGCAUCGUGCCUUAACAUAUCUCAUACUGCAACAAAGAACCUUGGGGAAGUGGGCUGGUACUAUCAGGCUUGCACGGAGAUGGUGAUGCCCAUGUGCACAGAUGGUGUCAAUGACAUGUUUGAGCCUCAGAAGUGGGAUUUCCAGGCAUUCUCUGAAGAGUGUUUCAAACUGUGGGGCGUGAGGCCUCGUCCAUCAUGGAUUACUUCAGUUUAUGGAGGGAAGAACAUCAGUUCUCACAGUAACAUCAUUUUCAGCAAUGGCAGACUGGAUCCAUGGUCUGGAGGUGGAGUGACUCAGAACAUCACAAACUCUUUAGUUGCCAUUGUGAUUCCUGAAGGAGCUCAUCACUUGGACCUGCGCAGCAGUAACCCUUGUGAUCCCAAAUCUGUGCGGCAAGCCCGGGCCUUGGAAGUUCACUAUAUGAAGCAAUGGAUUGAAAAGGCCAGACAAAGGCACUAAAGUGGCUACAGUAACUGCCAUCAUUACCUCCCAUUGACUUUAGUGGGUGCAGGAUCAGGCCUUCAUUGCAGUUACAUACAGUCUUUUCACCUGUGCUUCCUUUUUUCCUUUAAUGCUUAUAUAUACUCUUUCUCAGCACUGUGCCUGUCAGUGGGGGUAGGUAGGAGGUCAAAGUGUAUGGGUUGAGCUGCCUGCUAUAGCUUGCUUCCCUAUUUUGCCACUAUCAACUACUGUGGGUAUCCUUUCUGCAACACCCCUGUUUUUGGCCUAUUCCUGGAAGGCCUUAUAUCCUUACAAGAUUAGCCUUCUUGUUGUUAAUGAAAUAUGCAUUAUUAGACCAAGUCAAUUCAGAUCAUUUGACUUCAAGUGGAUUGAAUAUUAGGGACAGGUGCUCAGCUGGUAUAAACUGUACAGGCUUAAAUUUGGGGUGUGGAAUGCAGUAAUUUUGGAGAGGGAACAAAACUACGUUGGGAUAUUGGUUUGUGGGAGAGAGUUAUUUUUAAGCCAAACUUUGGGACUCUGCCAGAAAAUAGGUACACAUUUUUUCAUGUUUUUCAACAGUUUGUUAACCAAAGUUGUCAUGUGUGACUUUUUUUGUUUUUCCUUUCUGAUCACUACAAAGCUUUUUUUUUUUUUUUUUUUUUUUUUUUUUUUUUUUUUUUUUUUUUUUUUUUUCUGAUUUAAUUCUUUGAAUGUCUGGCUGGGUAUAACUUCUGUUUUGUUCUCCUUCCUUCCCUGCUGCUUCCCUUACCCCUAUGAUACCAGCCACUGUGGUAGUGUUAGAAAAAUCCUGGGUAUUUUCAUCCCCUCUCUCUUGUUGCUGUCUUACAAAUACUUAGUUUUUUCCAAGGCAGCACUGGGCAACUCCAGAUUGUUCUCUUGAAGAGUGACAAAUAAUUGAGGUUGUGCCUUGUUUUCUUUUUCUUCUGUCUAUUGAUGAGAUUCUGCAUGGUCUGGUAACUGAUGGUGCUUUAAUAAAAGCCUUUAAAAUUGUUUGUAGGACAAACUAUUUGGAACACAGAAUAGAGCUCUCCUGUUGGGAGAGUAUUAGCCUGAAAGUGGGAGGCUGUGCUCAGCAGGCCAGGUGCACUCCAAGGCUUUUUAUAGAGCUUCUAAAAGAGUCAACCAGCCCCUAGUCAUGGAGACUGUAUAUUUGAUAUUAAUAAAUGAUUGAGGCAAGUCCCUUCAUUUUCCAGCUUCAGCUUCAUUCGUACUGAAACCCUUCUUCCAUAGGCUAAUAAGGCUGGGCCAUCCAUUCCAGAUAAGCUGAACACCAUGCAUAACCCAAGUCUCUUAACAUCCCAGUUCCAGUUUCUCAGCUUUUUUUGCUGCUAUGCCUCCUACAGUGUGCUUGUUUUCUUUUCUCCAGUUCUGUUUCUGUUCCCAGAAAGUGGCAGAAGAUAGUGUGCCUCAUUCUGAACCUUUUUUUUUUUUUUUUUUUUUUUUUUUUUUUUUUUACACUUCAGUAAAUCUGGUUCCUCUUGUUGGUGGAACUCUUGGCUUAUCCCUGUUUUGCUCCAGUGUUCUAGGAAAGGUUGCUUUGAACAAGGAGGCCUU